UGCUUCAGGGUCGAUGCAGGCAUAUUCGCUAAGGUUUCCGCACUCCUGGUUUGACAGGCAGAUUCGCGGCACGACACAACCACGGGAAGAAGUUGGAAGAGAUCGAGCAACGAGAGGCACGGAGGGUGAUGCAUAGCUGAAUUGCUGAUACCGAACAACCAACAGAGGCCGGGUUUCGCCCACCUGGAAGGCAUGAUGCCGAAAGGCGAACCGCCGAGAGGUAUUCAGCGUGCAACAGAAGGGUGCACUCGCAGCAGUCGCCGCCAUCGUACGCUGUGGAGAAGAAGGCAAUCGAGAGAGCAGGAGGGUCGCAUGCGCGAGUCGAGGGCGGGGAUCGCGCUCGGAGUACACCGCCCACGACAUCGGCCGGUAAAGGCUGGGUCUUCGCGCAUCGUCGGAACUGGGGGCGCUCACAUGUCUGCCAAGAUUCUGACGAGGAGCGUCGUUACCGACGAAACCCUCAAGGCGUAUCUACCGGUCCACACACUAUCUUCGGCGUUUGCCUGCGUCGACCCGGACGCUGCUUGUGUGGACGACGACAGCGUCACCGUGGACAUCCUCGAAAACUGCGCAAUUGCUGCAAAUAUCAGCGAUGGGUACUGCAGUGAGGAUCUCAACACGGAAGAAUGCGGGCGUGCAACUACGUUUGGUUACUGUCGUUGCAACAGGCCCCUCUACUGAUUCCGCUUGGACAAACACUCAGUCGGUCGUCCCGAAAUUUUGCCCCGUACGUCGAAAACGCCCGUACUUGGUUCCACUGGUUUGCAACCUGCUGCAUCUUGGCUGUCACCUCUUUUUUGCUUUCACCCACGCACACUCGCCGUAAGGUGAGGGCUCGAGCGUAAUGCGGUCUUAACUCUGCCCGAGGUCCCCUUAGGACCGUCGCCGGCAUUUUUUAUUCUUCGUCAAGUUUCGAUCUUUUGGCUUGUCGCCCUUAGGCCCAUGUUUAUGG